ACGUAUACGUUAGCUUUGGAGCCCAUAUAAAACGAACCAGAAAUAACGGUAGCGCGAGAUGCGAUCGGCGGUCGACCCUGUUUUUGCUUGUGCAAGUCGCCGCUCCUUUUUCUUUUGAAUGAAAUGUCACUAUCACAGUGGCAAUGGGAGACUGCAACCGCCGGGGCCGUGGCGGGUUUCGCCACCGUAGCCGCGAUGUACCCUCUCGACAUCGUUCGUACCAGAUUUCAAGUUAACGAUGGUCGAGUCACCAAUUUCCCCGCUUACAAGAACACCGCCCACGCCAUUUUUACCAUUACUCGCUUAGAGGGUCUGAAAGGGCUUUAUGCUGGCUUUCUUCCUGCAGUUUUAGGAUCCACCGUUUCAUGGGGUUUAUAUUUCUUCUUCUAUGGCAGAGCUAAACAAAGGUAUUCUAAAAACAGAGAAGAGAAGCUUAGCUCUGGCCAUCAUCUCGCAUCUGCUGCUGAGGCUGGAGCUUUGGUUUCCUUGUGCACAAAUCCUAUUUGGCUUAUAAAAACGAGAUUGCAGCUCCAGAACCCUCUUCAUCAAAGUCGACGUUAUUCUGGCAUUUAUGAUGCCUUGAGAACCAUACUGAGAGAAGAAGGAUGGACUGCACUCUAUAAAGGACUUGGUCCGGGUCUGUUAAUGCAGGUUUCUCAUGGAGCUAUUCAGUUCACAGCAUAUGAGGAACUUCGUAGGAUAAUGGUUGAUUAUAAAGAGAAAAAACAGAAAUCUGAAGGUGCCAGUAAUUUGUUGAACUCGUUUGACUAUGCUCUGCUCGGGGGGUCAUCUAAAAUUGCUGCAAUUCUUAUUACAUAUCCAUUUCAGGUUAUUAGAACUCGAGCACAGCAAAGACCUAGUAAAGAGGGAAUUCCAAGAUAUAUGAAUAGUUGGCAUGUUGUGAAGGAAACUGCCAGGUUCGAGGGUAUCCGCGGGUUUUACAAGGGGAUAACCCCAAACCUUCUGAAAAACGUUCCUGCUUCUUCGAUAACAUUUAUUGUUUACGAGAAUGUACUCAAAUUGUUAAGACCAAAAAGAAGGAAUGAUUGAGAAAGACAUUUUGUUUUAUUCUUAGUUUUCUUUUACAUUCUUCACAUUGUACUAUACGAAGAUCAUAUGAUUUUUCUGCUAUCUUAUUGUUUUGCACUCAA